UCCCUUUGUUCCUCUCCCUCCAUCCGCCUCCCAAUCACACAAAGACGCAAUCACAACAACGCCCUCGCUGCAGCCUCCCUCCCGCACAUCGCCCCAUCGCCAUCGCGAUGACCGUCGACAAGGAAGUUGCUGCAAGCGUGGCCGCUGCGGCUGCUGAUGCUGCUGCUGCUGCCUCCGCACCGCCUCCGCCUGCGCCUGCCUCUUCCUCCAACGAUGCCGACUCGACCACCAAGGCAGCUCAGCCCUCUCGCAUCGACAGCCAAUUGGCCACGGCUCUCCGCCUCAAGGAAGAGGGCAACGCCCUGUACGCCAAGGGCGACAUACCCGGGGCUAAACGCUGCUGGCAUCAUGCAAAUCUCAACUCGAGUGGGGUAACGAGUAUGCGCCAGCAGUUGGGGUUGGGGGAAGAAGGAAAGGAUGAUGAGGAGACGAAGAAGAGGGCAGGAGAGAUCACGGCUGCUGUGAUGAAUAACUUGAGCAGCUGCUACCUCGCCGAGAAGAACUACGACAAGGUCCUCUACUCUACUUCGAAAGUAAUCGCCAUCGACCCGCAAAACGUCAAGGCUCAGUUCCGUCGAGCCUCUGCCCUCUUCGAGCUUCGUCGCGUCACUGAAGCGGCUCAGGCAAUCGAUGUCGCCAUGGAAAAGUCGCCUACAGACCCGGCGAUCAGGGCUUUGGCGACCAAGAUUGUCAAGUGGACGGAGGAGAAGGAGAGGGAGGGCAUGAAGGGUCUGAAAGGGUUGAUGAGGGGGAAGGGGUGGGGAGGUGAAGAGGCCAAGAAUGAGGACGAGGAUGAGAAGGGGAAAGGCAAGAAGAAGGACGGGGAGAACAGUAAUGGUAAUGGCGACAAGGGUAAAGGCAAGGAAAAGGCCUAGCUGCUAUCGAGGUAGGAGGCAGAGAGGCUGUGGCAGUCUGGCUCGGGCCGCUCAUCACCAUUAGCAAGCUUCGCCACUCGGCAGC